AUGUUUUCAUCCAAAAAAGAUAUUGAUCGCCACGUGAAAACGUCGUUAAACAAGCUGCCGGAAAAUGAGCGCUAUCUCCGGGGAUUGGUAAUAGCAAGACAGUACUUUAAACUGAAUGAAUAUGCGAGCGCCGAGCAUUGGCUGUCCUGUUACUUAUCGGUCCAGGAAGACAGCGCCCCGGCACACAAACUACUGGGCCAGUGCUACGAGAAACAACGCAAGUAUGACCGGGCCGUCACGUCCUACCAGCGCUCGUUGCAGCUCGACUCAAAGCAAACCGGACUGAUCACCGACGUCUGCAAGUUGCUGCUGGCGGAUGACAAUCUAAGCAAGAACCUGGCGAAGGCGAAGCAUUGGUGUGAUUUGGCCGAGUCUGAGCGCAUCAACCACGAGGCCGUGCUGAAUCUAAAGUUGAAGGUGGCCAACAAAGAUACCAACGGCAGCGAUCAGCCACUGGUCAAGGACAUCAUACUGCGGGAAAUAAUCGCCCGGCCGCUCGAGCCGGCGUUGCGUGUCCGGUUGGUCGACCACUUCCUCGAGGAGCGCAAGCUGGACGAAGCUUUCAAGUACUGCUUCGAUUUGGAGAUGAAAUUUUCCGAAACCUUUCUCCAGUCGACCGAGUGGACCAAUGGCGUCGCUAAGAUGCUGUCCAAAUACACGGAAUCAGCGACCGGUGGUGGUGUGGCGCCAAAGAAUUGGCACUACUAUCUGUUACAGGCGAUCGUCCUCGAUCGGCAAAUCUAUCUCAAUCUACUGGCCGACUCGACCAUGGAGUCGAUCAAGCGAAGCAACAUGAAGGAAAUCGCGCACAGGCUGUACGACCUCGAUCAGACCCUGCGUCAAGUGGCGGACAAGGGUCGGAACGCUGCGCCCCAGACGCAGUUGGCCGAUGAGUAUCUGCGCCACUAUCGUGGCCAACUUCUGCUCUAUUCGGCUUCACUGUUGUUCAAGGGUGCACAGGAUGCGGCUGCCGGUUCGGGUUCGGUGCGUGCACGAGAUACGACGCGAAAGUGUCUCGCGUUGCUACUGCUGGCCUAUCAGUGCGGCGUACCGAGCCCGGAUGAGGUGUGGUUGAAGCAGAGCAGCGAGGUAGCUCGCCAGGUGAUGGCUUUCUGGAACAAACAGGCCGCAUUUCGGUGUUGCCAAGCUGGUGCAACGGUGCUGUCGUGCGUCGACGAAAGUAUGGACGCAUCGGUGUUGGCCCAAAUACAGAGCGUCACUGAGUCGAAAGUCUGGACGACGGUCGAUGAUCUUAUGAACCAGAUUCGCCAACUAUGUUCCGAUGCGGGGUGGAGGAAAACCGUAUUUCGUUCGCUGCAUCCUUCUGGCGAUUCCGGUUCGAAGGCAUCGGCCGCUUCCUACUUUGUGCAGAACGGAACCGCGUUUGGUGAACCGCAGUACGUGCUGCCGAAACGGGAGGAGCUCGACCUGUACCUCGAGCUCGCUCAGUCUCUCUUUCCUUCGUCGUUGCCGUAUCUCGUCUAUCUGGGGCUUGCGAUGGGUACCGAAAACUUGGCCGACCUGCGCUGCCGAGCGUUUCCGAGGCUCAACUUUUCCACCAACAACCUGGACAACUGCAACCUAGAAACUCUGAACCAGCUCGAUAUGGAUUCAUUCCUCUACUGCUCCAUUUUGGUAGCGCGCAGCAACCUGGACAGCGAGCGUCACCAUCAGCAGCACCGCUUGGGAACUGGAACCGAGCGGCCCGGUUUUCUGCCGGCGGCCAAUCUCAUACCGUUGCUGUGCGAAGAAAACAAAAUCGACUGGUGGUGCACGGCGUAUCAUCUGAUCCGCAGCAGUACGGCGAAGGAUGCGGCCCUGAGCGUGGCCGAACAAAAGCAGCUUCUGCUGCACGGUUUGCAGGCGGUUCGCGGAACUGGAGCGCCACUGAGCGAUGCGAUUGUGUUGCUUCAUUUGGGGCAAAUUCUUGCCAAACGCGCGAUCGGUAGCGGAUCGUUACUCGCGCCCGAGGAACGACGCCACGUUGAGGGUCGGGCCGAGGCCGUCUACCGUGCCGGGGUGCUCCUGUGGAAGAUUCGCAGUGAAUCGAGUGCUCCUCCUGCGUCGACCAUGUUCUUCCGCUAUGGGUUCGAGUCGUACGAGUGCCACCAGGAGACGGUAAAACUGGCGGAAACCGCAGUCACCUUUCUGGCCGGCACCUACUUCAAGCACGGUCGGCACCUAGAAUUUACGCAAGACUUUGCCGGUAUCGCACUCCCAUUUGCGGCCUACUUCCGGGCGGAAGCGUUCAAGAAGCUGGACGAAUCGAACCAUACACCUCUGAAGGUGAAGAAAAUGUACGCCGAGCGGGCCCGGGAGUGCAUCAGACAGACCCAGCAGUAUCUUGGGCUGCCGUACGUCGACCGCAACCAUCCGCUCAACCACGUGGUGCAGAGUGAAAUGAAACGUUUGUGCUUCGCAAACGAUUCGUUGGAUGGCACACUCAACACAUCGGCGAACGGUGCCGGCGCGGGGGACGAAAGCGAUCACUUCCAGUCGUUCACCUCCGCGGUGACGGUCGCUGGCAACGGUAGCAGUGUGAUCCGUUCCGAGCGGGAAACAGUGACAGCUGUGGCGACGGCCGCCGCAACCGCUUGCCUCUCGAAGACCAACGAACUGGAAUCACUUAUCCGGCAAAUGAUGGAGACGCUUACGUUCGUGAAGGAGGACGUGCUUAGCAUUCGUAACGACAUGGGUGAUAUGCAGGAUCGGCUGGUCAAAAUCGAGGAGAACAUCUACCGUAAACCGACCGAAGCGGGAGCAAGCAAAGUAGGCGGCGGUGGGGCUGGCACUGUCACUGGCGGCGAUGAUCCGGCGACCGUAAGUGCGACGGCAGCAGCGGCCGCCGCAGCACUGCAAGCCAUGAACGAAAUGUAUCUGAUGGAUGAGUUGCAGAACUCGGCCGCGGCCGCAGCUGUCUACCAUCAUCAGGUGCAGGCAGCAGCAGGUCGUACAGCCGGAAUGGGCUUAUCACCGCAACCAGCACUACCUUACGCGGCGCUCUAUGGGGCAGCGGCCUAUCCGGCGUACUUGGCGCAGCAGACGCCGCCAUCACAUCAGGUUCAGUCGCAGCAUCAGCAGUCACCAGCGCAACAGCAGCAACUGCUAACCUCUCGCGGUCCCCUUGGAGUGCCCGUUGGAGCUUCGCCGCUACACGGCUAUCAGCAACCGGAACAGUUGCUGGCAGCGGCCAAUUCGCAGGCAGCUGCUGUGGCUAGUGCCUACCAUUCGAUUCCACAAAAUUAUCCGCAGCCACCGUUGGUCGUUCCACCGGUGAUGCCACCGGUAGGCGUUGCGCAAACCUCUACACCAAACGCCUCCCUGCAGAAGGGCCCCGGGGGCACUGGUGGCGCGGGCGGCUUGUCGAUCGAACAGUCUCUGCAAACACCGUCGCUGCUAACGAGCUGGAACAGCGCGUAUAACGGGGCUCCGGCGACCUUUACGAACCCGUCGGUGCCGGGCCCGAUCACACCACCGGCCACCGUUUCUUCCCAUCAUGCCCAUCAUGCGCCGGCAGAGAAGGGUGGCGCUCCGGUGAAUGUGGUUAUCACCAGCUCGGACCCAUUGCCACCGCGGGGCCCGCCGGCACACAGCUCUUCAUUCGCAGCCGGGGGCUCAGUCACGCAGCCGACUUACAGUGUGACGAUUCCGCCGCAGCACAUCAAACACAGUGCCACGGGUGGAAGCAUCGGUCAGGGCACGACGGCGGCUUCCACAGCGAAGUUGGAAGCGAUCUCACCUCCGAUAGCGAAGCCUCUAGCGGCCAACGUCGCCGCCGCCAACAACAACACAUCUUCCCCGUCGUUCUUUGCGCAGGCCGUAAGUUCUUCGCCGACGGUUAAAUCCUUGCUGGCGGGAGGUGGCUCUGUGAACGCGGGAGCCAACAACGACGAUGACGAUGAUGAUGUAAAAAAUAUUUCCGGCAGUGUCGAGUAUGAUCCGCGGCCAGACUUCCAGCCCAUCAUUCCGCUUCCGGAUGAGAUCGUGGUGCGGACGGGUGAGGAGGACGAGGAACAGAUCUUCACUGGCCGCUCCAAGUUGCUCCGCCUGGUCGAUCGCGAGUGGAAAGAGCGGGGCCUGGGUGAACUGAAGAUUCUCCGCUCAAAGACCGACCUAGCCAAGUACCGGAUCGUGAUGCGCCGGGAGCAGAUUCACAAGAUUUGCGCCAACCACUACAUCACGCCCGAGCUCAUCAUCAAGCCGAUGGAGAAGCGCAAGGAGUGCUACAUCUGGGCAGCGAUGGACUUUGCUGACGAGGAGCCACGGAAGGAAUCGUUCUGUGCCCGGUUCGGUACGGCCGAGCUCGCGAAACAGUUUUACGACGCGUUCGUCGCGGCUCGCGAUGAGGUUGCCCGCUUGAGAGCGAGUGACCCUGGUGCUGCCGGCGGUCCGCCAGCGGCAGCACAACCACCACCAGCGACCGUUCCUACAAGCUUUGCUUUCAGUGCACCCAAGACGGCCGGAACGGUGGGAAAAGCGACCACACCCACGACGGUAGCCGCCGCUACGGCAAAGAAGGAUCCUGUCGCUCCAUUCGGAGAAUUUACCUUUGCGAAGAACUACACACCGCCAACCGUCGUCACGGGAACGAAAGGAACUGGAGUGAGCGAACCGGCGGCCGCUCAAGGUGGUGCCAGCAAACCGAGCCCGUUUGCAUCGUUCACGUUCAAGGCCCAGACAACGGGCGCUUCGACCGUCGAGGGCAUUUCGUUUGGUAUUGGCGGAACUGCGGGUGGCGGCGUUGGUGCUGCAUCCAGCAAACCGCCCGCUAGUGGGUUCGGCGAUGCGUUUAAACCAAAAUCGGGCACCUGGGACUGUAGCGGGUGCUACGUAAACAACAAAGCGGAUGCCACUCAUUGUCUGGCCUGUAACGGGCCGAGGGAUCCUUCCAAGCCGGAUGAGGGCUCCGCAGGAAAACCAAAGGGAGGCUUGUUUGACAAUCUGGCCACGGCGGGAGGAGGUAGCAAGUUCACGUUCGGUAUGCCACAGCCGGUGGGCACGCCACCGGCACCGAUUACCUUCGGGGUCGCUCCCGGUGCUGUCACUAAAAAGCCACCGGUAGAGCUGGAUUCGGUAAAGACAACCACGGCCGCCGCCGCCACCGGGUUUGGUGAUAAGUUUAAACCGAAACCCGGCGCAUGGACCUGCGGCGGUUGCUAUCUCUCGAACGGGGCCGACGUGCUGUACUGCGCCAGUUGCGAAAGCCCGAAAGACGACACGGUGCCGAAGAAGUCCGCCUCCGGCGGCAAUGUUGGCGGGUUACUGAAGGCAGCCGACACGAUGCCCAAGUUCAACUUUACCGCUGGCGGUGGCUUUACGUUCGGUGUUCCUGCCACCACUGGCACAUCAAGCGUUCCCUCGAGUACGACUACUUCUUCCGCGCAACCCGCACCGCCCGUCUUCGGGUCCACGGCCGGUUCCGAAGGCUUCAUGUUCGGGGCAGGGGCAAGUCCUCUCAAACCACCGCGCGGCUCGCAAUCAUCAUCGGAACCGGUGGCCAAACCGGUGUUCAAGUUCGAGCUUCCUACACCGGCCGGUGGACUAUCGUUCGGUUCGAAGUUGAUCGCACCGACGGCCACGGAUAAGGCGCCUACGGUGACGGGCGUCGAAACGAUAAACCCGGCGUCGAAGGUGGAACCACCGGAGAAGGCCACCUUUGGAUUUGUGUUUAAACCGAAAUCGCCCGGCCGUACACUGAGCACCAGCUCGGGCGGCGGUGGUGCUGCCGAAGGUGCCGAUGAUGAUGGCACCGGCGGUGCCGGAGGUGACAGCAGCAUUACAGAGGAGGAGAACAACACCUACUUCGCGCCAGUCAUUGCGCUGCCGGAUAAGGUCGACGUGAAGACGGGCGAAGAGGACGAGGAUGUCCUGUACUCACACCGGGCCAAAUUGUACCGAUUCGUCAGCUCGGAGUGGAAAGAGCGCGGCAUUGGCGAUGUGAAAAUAUUGAAGCACAAAACUACGGGAAAACUGAGGAUGAUCAUGCGCCGUGAGCAGGUGCUGAAGAUCUGCCUCAACCAUGCCCUGACCGAGGAUGUGUGCUACUCAAAGAAGGACGAAAAAUCGUGGCAGUUUGUGGCGAAUGAUUUCUCCGAGGGCACGUUCGAGUUGAUGAACUUCUGUUUGCGCUUCAAAUCCGUCGACAUUGCGCAGGAGUUCCGCGAUGCGAUCACCGAUGCGCUGAGCGGGAAGCUCACUCCGAGCGGUGGCAAAGCGUCGCCCGGCACUGUCGCGGUACCUGCCGAGCCGCGGGAUAGUACCAUAAACACCACCACGUCCCCGUCGGGUGAUUUCAAUUUCUCCAAACUGAGCGACAUAUCGUUGAACGAACGCGAAACGCUCGAGAAGCUGAAGCUACCGUCCAACUUUUUGGACGCUCCGGCCGUCGCUUGCAGCGGCUGCCGGGGUUGUGAUGUGGAGGCGUUCACGUUUCCGGUCGUCGACGGCAGCAAGCUGACAAACGAAUCCCCGGACGAUAGUCCGCUACCGAUCGACAUCCGGAACGUGGCACCGCUUCCGUCGCAACACUCGACACCGAAGAAAGCAGUGAGCUUCGGGACCGCUCCCGUCCCCGGUGUUGGUAAUCUGUUUGGUAGUUUGACGUUCGGAGUGCCACCGGCAUCAACUGGUGGAGUCACAGGAGGACCCCAGCUUACAGCCAGCACCAAAACGAGCAGCUUCUUAGCGGCAGAGCAGAAAGUAUCGGGAACGAUGAAACCUUCGCUGACACCAUUCCUUGCACCGAAUACGAUCUUUGGUGGUGGACAACCGGCUGCUGCUGGUGCUGCACCGGCCACCGGUGAACCGACCUCACAAGCCGGUGGUGGUAAUAAGCUUAUUUUCGGAAGUUCACAAAGUGGCGUUGGCUCGGCCUCGGGCGGUUCUGGUGGUUCCAUCUUUUCUGCCUCCCUGAACACCACACCAAAGACAUCGUUCGUGCCAGCGCUGCCAUCGUCUACCGGCGUCGCUGCGCCCACCGAAACGAGUUCCACUACGACGGAGGAGGAUAAGAGCGCUUCUGAUGUGGGUGCCACAACGAACACACCGACACCGUUGAUACAGCAGGCCUCCCUAAGCACAACCUCCCCAGCUGAUGCGGGGGGCAAGCUAUUCGGCGCUAUCAGCUUCGGAGGUGGUACCACGACGCCGGCACCGUUCGGAUCCAUUGGCACAAAGAGUAUCUUUGGGGGUACAACAACCACUGCUCCCUCUACGGCAACUGCUCCGUCGAACCUUUUCGGCAGUGUGGUCUUCGGCGGCUCUAGCGAUUCGACGCCGAAAUCAAUUUUUGGUGGCAGCGUUGGUGCAGCUCCUAACGCGUUCUCGUUCGGCGGUCCUGCCAAACUGCCCGAGGGAAAGGUAGCGUCUACACUCAUAACCCCCACGGCAAAGGACGCUCCGCCAGUGCUCACGAUGGACGGCGGUGUGAGUUUUGCCGAUCUGGCCAGCAGCAGCCCUUCGGGCUUUGGUAGCUUCAAAAAGUUCGACGAUGCCAAAACCGGGAGUGCCGGUUUCGUGGGGCUAACGGUGAAGGAAGAUUUCUUUUCACGCUCAGCCGCCAGCAAACUCAACAGCAGCGCGGACGGCACCCGCAGUAAUGGUAACGCGGACGCGGGCGGUACUGGUGCUGGUGGCGGCGGAGGAGAAACGGCAGGGGAUGAAAACUACGAUCCGUACUAUGCACCGGUGAUACAGCUGCCGGAUGAGAUUGAGGUGCGCACGGGCGAAGAGGAAGAGACCAAACUGUUCGGCGACCGCGCCAAGCUGUAUCGAUACGAUUCCGACACGAAGGAAUGGAAAGAACGAGGUGUUGGUGAGCUAAAAAUUCUGCACCACCCGGUGCGAAACACAUACCGGCUGUUGCUGCGCCGCGAGCAAAUCUACAAGCUCGUCCUCAAUCACGCCAUCGGCGCCGACCUGGCCGUGACGCCAAUGAACAACUCGGGCAAAGCGUUCGUAUGGGGUGCACUGAACCAUGCCGAUGGUCCUCCCCAGCUGGAGAAGCUGGCUGUGCGCUUCAAGAACGAAACGAUCGCCGACGAGUUCCGACGAAUGCUGGAGAGCUGCCAAGAGAAGCUGCGCUCCCGGCCAGAUCUCGAGCCGGAUCAGGACUAAUAGAGGGCGCAUAAUCGACGAUGAGAGAGAGAGAGAGAGGACCGUUGCAGGGACCCUUAUGCUACGAUCAAAACGAUACACCGCCGGACAGGAAUCUAUUACACCCGUAACGUGCGUUUUAUUUAUAAGCUUGUUUCUGGGCCCUUAUCGCCACGCUCGCGCUGCACCGGUUCUUUUGCUCAUCCGCCGCCGUAUCAAGAAGACAACUUAGCGUAGAAGGUGCGAUCCAGUUAGAAUUUCCUGUUGCCGUUCUAGGGGUAGCAACGGGUCGUGCAGCGCUCAACGGGCGUUUCUUACAUUGAU